CCUCCCCGCACCCGGCUGGGGGUGGCCCGCGGGCGAGCGGGAGGGAUGCUGCCCUGGCCGGAGGAGCCCAGCGCGGCAGGUCGGCGGCCAGGAGCAGCGCCCGGCACCGCUCGAUGCUGACGGCUCCCCAGCACUGCCGGAUCCCCCCCGUUCCAUCCCCGCGCCAUGUCCCAGCGCUGUCACCCCCCCUGUACCGGGGGCUCCCCGCCGUCCCCCACGCCAUGAGCGGGGCCCUGCGGGGGCCCAGGGGAGCAGAGCUGAGCCAUGGCCUCGCUGGACCUGCCCUACCGCUGCCCGCGCUGCGGGGAGCACAAGCGCUUCCGCAGCCUGUCCUCGCUGCGCGCACACCUGGAGUACAACCACACCUACGAGACCCUCUACGUGCUCUCCAAGACCAACAGCAUCUGCGACGCCGCCGUCUUCCCGCUGGCCGCCGACGGGGCCCUGCUGGCCCCGGCCACGCGCAGGGACUACUUUGAGAGCACCUCCUUCCAGGGCAAGGACCAGCGCUUCUCCUGCGACCUGGUCCCCGCCGAGGAGCUGGAGCCGGCCCCGUCGGCCUCGCCGUCGCCCCGCUACGUGCACGAGAUCGAGAUCCCGCUGAGCGAGAUCUUCACCCGCGGCAAGGCCGUGGCGCCCGCGCCGGCCCCGCCGGCCGCCGUGGACGCGGCCUACGAGGAGGGCCUGGCCCGCCUCAAGAUCCGCGCCUUCGAGAAGCUGGAGGUGGACAAGAGGCUGGAGAAGCUGACGGAGGAGGUGGAGCAGAAGAUCGCCUCGCAGGUGGGCCGGCUGCAGGUGGAGCUGGACCGCAAGAGCUCGGAGCUGGAGAAGGCCAAGCAGGAGAGCCUGCGGCUGAGCCGCGAGAAGCAGGAGCUGGAGGACCGGGCGUCGGAGCUGUCCCGCCAGGUGGACGUCAGCGUGGAGAUGCUGGCGUCCCUCAAGCAGGACCUGGUGCAGAAGGAGCAGGAGCUCACCAGGAAGCAGCAGGAGGUGCUGCAGAUCGACCAGUUCCUGAAGGAGACGGCGGCGCGCGAGGCCAACGCCAAGGUGCGGCUGCAGCACUUCAUCGAGGAGCUGCUGGACCGCGCCGACCGCGCCGAGAAGCAGCUGCAGAUCAUCAGCAGCAGCUGCGGCACCACCCCCAACGGCAGCCUGGGCCGCUGCGGCACCCCGGCCACCAAGGCCAUCGCCCGGGCCGUGCCACUGCGGGCACAGAGGGAGCGGCACCCGGGCCCGGGGGUGGCCGUGCACGGUCCCUACGGCGUGUCCAACCAGCGCUCCUCGUCCAGCACCGGAGCCUCGAGCCGGGCCAAGGCCGUGUCGCAGAGCUCGGGCUGCUACGACAGCGACAGCGCGGAGCUGUGUCCCACGGACGACACGACGGACGGACAGCCGUACCCGGGCCGCGGCUCGGGGCUGCGCCGCCAGGCCAUCCAGAACUGGCACCGCCGGCCCUACCGCAACAGCACCGAGGGCGAGGAGGGCGACGUGUCCGACGUGGGCUCCCGCACCACCGAGUCCGAGGCCGAGGGCUGGGAGCCGGAGGCGCCGGGAUCCGCCGCGCCCCGAGCGCCCGGCAGCUGCCGCCUGACGGUGGCCACCGACGCCGGGUGUCCCACAGCCAGACCCGAGGGCGCCGGGGGCAAGGUGUGCCGGCUGGACAGGGGCAGCCCAGGCCACUCCAGCGAGGUGAUCAGCCCCGAGAUCCUCAAGAUGAGAGCGGCUCUCUUCUGCAUCUUCACCUACCUGGACACCAAGACCCUGCUGCGCGCGGCCGAGGUGUGCAAGGACUGGAAGUUCGUGGCCCGGCACCCGGCCGUGUGGACACGGGUGCUGCUGGAGAACGCCAGGGUGUCCUCCAAGUUCCUGGCCAUGCUGUCCCAGUGGUGCACCCAGAUGCAUUCCCUCACCCUCCAAAACCUGAAGCCGCGCCAGCGGGGCAAGAAGGAGAGCAAGGAGGAUUACAUGAAGAGCACACGGGGCUGCCUGGAGGCAGGGCUGGAGUCGCUGCUGAAGGCCACGGGCAGUAACCUGCUGAUCCUGCGCAUCUCGCACUGCCCCAACGUGCUGACCGACCGCUCGCUCUGGCUGGCCAGCUGCUACUGCCGCGCCCUGCAGGCUGUCACCUACCGGAGCUCCACGGACCCCGUGGGCCAUGAGGUGAUCUGGGCCCUUGGAGCAGGCUGCAGGGACAUCAUCUCCCUCCAGGUCGCACCUCUGCACCCCUGCCAGCAGCCGACGCGCUUCAGCAACCGCUGCCUGCAGAUGAUCGGGCGCUGCUGGCCACACCUGCGGGCACUCGGCGUGGGAGGGGCCGGCUGCGGGGUGCAGGGGCUGGCCUCCCUAGCCCGGAACUGCAUGAGGCUGCAGGUGCUGGAGCUGGACCAUGUGGCCGAGAUCAACCAGGAGGUGGCUGCUGAGGUGUGCCGGGAGGGGCUCAAGGGGCUGGAGAUGCUGGUGCUCACGUCCACGCCGGUGACCCCCAAAGCCCUGCUGCACUUCAACAGUGUGUGCCGGAACCUCAAGUCCAUCGUGGUGCAGGUGGGGAUUGUGGAUUACUUCAAGGAGCCCCACAGCCCUGAGGCCAGGAAGAUGUUUGAAGAAAUGGUGAACAAACUCCAGGCCCUGAGGAAAAGACCCGGCUUCUCCAAGAUUUUACACAUCAAGGUGGAAGGAGGCUGUUAGCCCUUCAGGGAGCCCAAAGCACAUUCCCUGCUCUGCCUGGCAGAGCCCAGGGCCCUGAGACCAAACCGGGGCUGGGCAGGGACCCCCGGCUCGUGCACAAGGAACCCAAACUCUCGGGAGCGGCGGCGGGGCCGGCCCUGGGUGACAAGGUGCUACUCAAGGACAAUUUUUGGCUGCCCCAAGAGCCAGGGCCGUGCUCUUUCCCAGGAGGGAAGAUGGCUUUGAGCCCCUGUGGCUGCUCCUCGCCGAGGAUCCGUGUUUGGGGGUGGCUUUUCCGUCGAACUCUGCUUUGGGGGAUCUCUGAGCCCAUUUGGGGGCUCCUGGGAGCGCUGGGCUGUCCCUGGCUGAUGGAGGGGGCUGGAAGGGGCUGCUCCUCCCCAGGACCCAGCAUUUCCACAGGGUGUUUCUGCUGGUUUUCAUUUUGGAUUUGCCAGAGGGGCACCCAGGGAGCAGCACAGCACCUCGGGGGCUUUGGGAGCCGCAGGACACCAGGAGAGAUGGGCGCUCCUCCAGAGCUCUCCAGCCUCGCUUCCUCUCCACCAAACCCCUCCUGCCAAGGCAAUAAACCAUCUCCAAAGUCCUCAUCCACCAGGAAACAGGGGCAGGCUGCUGUCCCCAGCUGGCACAGCCAGCCUCCACCCGGGGUCAGCUGUCCCAUCUGGACAGGGACUGGCACAGGACACCACGUUUGCCAUCCCACUGCCUUCCUGAGCAGCCUGGAGGAGAAACCCUGGCCAGAUCAUCCUGAAAUCAUCCUGGGAAAAGCACCAACCAACAGCCCUGGCUGAUCUUUAUCUGCAGCCACCAUUUUCUAAAUCUGAUUUUUCUUCUGAGUCUCCUCUGCCUGCAAGGACAUCAUCAUCCCCAGAAUUUCCUUUUUCCAUGGGAGAAGGCUUUGGAAAAGCAUCCAGCAGGGUCAGCAUCUCCACCCUGGGGAGAAGGCACCAGGAGGUGUCCCUGGAACUGGGGACACCCAUCAGAGCACUGCCAGCAGUGGGGACACCCCAGGCUCACCCACAGCCCCAGUCCUGGGACCCAGCCUGAGCGGAGAGGAAGCGACUGGCAAGGUGGAAUUGGGGCUUUUCCCUCUUCUCUGGAGCAGCACUGGAAGUUUUGGUGCUGGGCUGGAAGUUUUGGUGCUGGGCUGAAGUUUUGGUGCCUGCUGCCAGCGUGGCUGUGAGGGGUCACCUCGCAGAGCUGUCACCUCGCAGAGCUGUCCCCUCCUGGAUCCAUGGGCGCACACAGAGCAUCCCCCAGGAGGAUCAGGCUGCAGAUCCUGCAGCACAUCCCUCACCUGCGGCACAAGAGCUGCUGACCUCAGCUGGGGCUGCCAGGCAGCCCUUGGGGAUCCCAGGGGAAGGAAAAUCUCCCCAAAUGAGGCUGCUGGGGCUCUGG